AUUAAUUUAAAAAAAAAAAAAAAAAAAGUUGUUCUGCAACCUUUGCUAAGGAAAGAUAACCCUGAAAAUGCAAAAGCAGUUAUGGCAAAAGUGGGUUACCCUCAGUUUAUAAUGAAUGACACAUAUAUUAAUGAAGACAUCAAAACACUGAAGUUUACAGAAAGUGACUAUUUUGGCAAUGUGUUGCAAACUCGUAAAUACGCAGCCCAAUCUGAUUUCUACUGGCUUAGAAAAGAAGUUCCAAAAACAGAGUGGUUCACAAGCCCAACUACUGUAAAUGCUUUUUAUAGUGCAUCUACCAACCAGAUCAGAUUCCCAGCAGGAGAACUGCAAAAACCUUUCUUCUGGGGAACAGAGUAUCCUAGGUCAUUAAGCUAUGGUGCCAUAGGAGUAAUUGUUGGCCAUGAGUUUACUCAUGGAUUUGAUAGCAACGGUCGGAAAUAUGACAAAAAUGGAAAUUUAGACCCUUGGUGGACAACAGACUCUGAAGAAAAAUUUAAAGAGAAAACAAAAUGCAUGAUUGAUCAAUACAGCAAUUACUACUGGAAGAGAGCUGGCUUACAUGUGAAAGGCAAGAGGACUUUGGCAGAGAACAUUGCAGAUAAUGGAGGUUUGCGAGAGGCUUUCAGGGCAUACAGGAGAUGGAUUGCAGAAAAGAGGGGAGGAGAAGAAGAGCCUUUACUGCCAGGCCUUGAGUUCACACACAACCAGCUUUUCUUUCUGAGUUAUGCCCAUGUAAGAUGCAACUCCUUUAGACCAGAAUCUGCGAGAGAGCAAAUAUAUAUUGGAGCUCACAGCCCUCCUCAGUUCAGAGUUAUCGGUGCCAUGAGCAACUUUGAAGAGUUUCGUAAAGCUUUCAAUUGCCCAACAAAUACGACGAUGAACCGAGGGGCAGAAUCCUGCCGGCUGUGGUAG